AUGAUGCUCACGCGUGGAGGGGCGCGAUUGACGCGUUUGGCCCUGGUGCCGAGAGUCACACUGCAUGAGACCUUGAAUGCAUCUCGGCAGCCCUUGCUGCGGGCGCGCUUCGCGACGUAUGGCGCGAGGCGAAGUGACACCAACGCAUCGUCAGGCAAGCAGGAUGCUAAGCAGGAGCCCAAGGAACCGACGCUGCUCAGCAAAAUGGGCGAGUCGGCCGCGACGACGUUCGCGUCCAUCUUCGUGCUCGCGUCUGGCUUCGCCCUCGCCGCGUACCUCUACCACAAGAGCUACAAGCUGCUCGUCGUGGCUAAGAUGACGCGUGCCUUUGAGCCUGGGGACCCUGUGCUGGAAUUGGCUGCCAUUGGCAAAGAUGUCCCUCACGCGCCUGGCGGCAACGAUGACCACUGGGUUGUUCGUCCCGAGCAGGACCAGGUGAACAAGAUUGUCUCUGGCGAAGUGGCUGGCCACUACUUCCUGCUCGUGGGCGAGAAGGGGUCCGGCAAGAGCAGUAUGUUGAUCGAGGCGAUGCGCCGGAUUGACGGCGACGCCGUGGCCAUGUUCGAGGCACACCCGGACCUAGAGGUCUUCCGGCUGCGCUUAGGCAAGGCGCUGGACUACGAGUUCCACGAGGAUUACAUUGGUGGCUACUUUAGCGAGCGGGGACCUCGCGAGUCGACUGCCAUCUUGGACAUUGAGCGCGCGCUCAACAAACUCGAAAAGGUGGCCCUGAAGAUGCGCGCCUACCGCAGGAAGCCCCUGAUCGUCAUUGUCAACCAGAUGCACCUGCUGCGCAACGUCGAGGAGGGCCGCGACCUGAUCGAGCUCCUGCAGCAGCGCGCUGAGCAGUGGGCAGCGGCAAACCUCGUCACCAUGGUGUUCAACUCGGAUGAUUACUGGGUGUACGAGCGACUCAAGCAACUGGCCACGAGGAUGGAAGUCAUGAGCGUCACGGAUCUGCCCAAGAAAGACGCCAUGGCCGCCCUCUCCAAGUACAGGAAGAAGUACCUAAAGCAGGAUGUGAGCGAGGAGAUCUUGGAGGAUAUCUACAAACGCGUGGGCGGCCGCCUCAGCUUCCUGAACCGCGUCGCCAAGAGCAAGGAUAUGAUUGGCACAUGCGAGAAGAUCAAGGAGAUUGAGAAGCGAUGGUUCCUCAACCAAUGCUGGAUCCUCGGCAUGGAGAUGGACGACGAUGUGAUGGAUCAGCAAAAGUGGGCGUCGGCGUCCAUGACCCUUGCCAAGGCACUCGUCGACAAGGAGGAGGACAUGGAGACGUACGACGACGAGCGCGGCCACACGCUCCCGACGUACCCGUUCCACAUUGCCCAGCAGAUCAUGACGCGCUGCGAUUUCAUCCGCGAGCUCGACAGCCUCAACCUCAUCACCAUUACCAGCCAAGCCGACGUGCGCGCGAGCAGCGUUCCGAUGCACCGCGCGUGGCAGGAGAUUUGUGCUCUGGAAGGGUUUGACAAGCUCCUGGAGGACACGCUGCAGCGCAUCAACGACAUUGAGAGCCUGGGCCGCACGAGAGAGCUGGUUGCAAAGGACCUGGUGCUGGGUGGAGAGUACGAGAUCAAGAAGGGGCCAAACGGGAUCACUGUAAAUCUGAACACGCACGAAGACGACGACGGUGACGAGAAGGAGAACUAG